AUGGCAGCGCCGGGCGGCAGGUUGGAGCCGCCGCCGCUCCCCGAGUACAGCUGCAGCUACGUGGUGUCGCGGCCGGUCUACAGCGAGCUCGCCUUCCAGCAGCAGUACGAGCGGCGCCUGCAGGAGCGCAAGACGCUGCGGGAGAGCCUGGCCAAGGGCUGCAGUUGUUCAAGAAAGAGAACACUUGGUGUGCUGAAGACUCUCCUGCCCAUCUUGGACUGGCUCCCCAAAUACCGGAUCAAGGAAUGGCUGCUUAGUGAUACCAUUUCGGGAUUUAGUACUGGGCUAGUGGGGACACUGCAAGGCAUGGCGUAUGCUCUACUAGCUGCUGUUCCUGUUGGAUAUGGUCUCUACUCUGCUUUUUUUCCUAUCCUGACAUACUUUAUCUUCGGAACAUCAAGACACAUCUCAGUUGGACCUUUCCCAGUGGUCAGUUUAAUGGUGGGAUCUGUUGUUCUGAGCAUGGCCCCCGACGAACACUUUCUCAUGUCCAGCAGUAAUGGAACUACACUGAACACCACCAUGAUAGACUCCGCAGCUAGAGACGCAGCAAGAGUAUUGAUUGCGAGCACCCUUACUCUUUUGGUUGGAAUCAUACAGUUGAUAUUUGGAGGUUUGCAGAUUGGAUUCAUUGUGAGGUACCUGGCAGAUCCUUUGGUUGGUGGAUUCACAACAGCUGCUGCCUUCCAAGUGUUGGUCUCACAGCUAAAGAUUGUCCUCAAUGUUUCAACCAAAAACUAUAAUGGAAUUCUCUCCAUUAUCUAUACUCUAAUUGAGAUUUUUCAAAAUAUUGGUAACACUAAUCUUGCUGAUUUCAUUGCUGGAUUACUCACCAUUAUCAUCUGUAUGGCAGUUAAGGAAUUAAAUGAUCGAUUUAAACACAAAAUCCCAGUCCCUAUUCCUAUAGAAGUGAUUGUGACAAUAAUAGCUACUGCCAUUUCAUAUGGAGUUGACCUGGAAAAAAACUAUAACGCUGGCAUUGUUAAGUCCAUCCCAAGUGGGUUUUUGCCUCCGGCGAUUCCAUCUGUGAGUUUGUUUUCUGAGAUGCUGACUGCAUCAUUUUCCAUCGCUGUGGUCGCUUAUGCCAUUGCAGUGUCUGUAGGAAAAGUAUACGCCAUCAAGUAUGAUUACACCAUCGAUGGGAACCAGGAAUUCAUUGCCUUUGGGAUCAGCAACAUCUUCUCUGGAUUCUUCUCCUGUUUUGUGGCCACCACUGCCCUGUCCCGCACCGCCGUCCAGGAGAGCACUGGGGGAAAGACACAGGUUGCCGGCAUGAUCUCGGCUGGGAUUGUGAUGAUCGCCAUCGUUGCCCUGGGGAAGUUGUUGGAACCCUUGCAAAAGUCGGUCUUGGCAGCUGUUGUAAUCGCCAACCUGAAGGGGAUGUUUAUGCAGGUGUGUGACAUUCCUCGUCUGUGGAGGCAGAAUAAGACUGAUGCUGUUAUCUGGGUGUUUACGUGCGUAGCAUCCAUCAUUCUGGGGCUGGACCUCGGUUUACUAGCUGGCCUUAUAUUUGGAUUUCUGACUGUGGUCUUGAGAGUACAAUUUCCCUCAUGGAACAGCCUUGGAAGUAUCCCUAGCACAGACAUCUACAAAAGCACCAAGAAUUACAAAAACAUUGAAGAACCUGAAGGAGUGAAGAUUCUGAGAUUUUCUAGUCCUAUUUUUUACGGCAAUGUUGAUGGUUUAAAAAAAUGUAUCAAGUCCACAGUUGGAUUUGAUGCCAUUAGAGUGUAUAAUAAGAGGUUGAAAGCACUGAGGAAAAUACAGAAACUCAUCAAAAAAGGGCAAUUAAGAGCAACAAAGAAUGGCAUUAUAAGUGAUGCUGGUUCAUCGAAUAAUGCUUUUGAGCCUGAUGAAGACAUCGAAAGUCCGGAAGAAUUUGAUAUUCCAACCAAGGAAAUAGAGAUUCAAGUGGAUUGGAACGCUGAGCUUCCAGUCAAAGUGAAUGUUCCUAAAGUGCCGAUCCAUAGCCUCGUGCUUGACUGUGGAGCUGUCUCUUUCCUGGAUGUUGUUGGAGUGAGAUCAUUGCGUGUGAUUGUCAAAGAAUUCCAAAGAAUUGAUGUAAAUGUGUACUUUGCAUCACUUCAAGAUCAUGUGAUAGAAAAGCUGGAGAAAUGUGGUUUCUUUAAUGAUAACAUCAGAAAGGACAUAUUCUUUUUGACUGUCCACGAUGCUGUCCUCCAUCUCCAGAACAAGGUGAAAUCCCAAGAGGUUCAAGAUUCCAUUUUAGAAACGAUCACCCUCAUCCAAGACUGUAAAGAUCCUCUUGAAUUAAUGGAAGCAGAGCUGAUUGAAGAAGGACUUGAUGUCCAAGAUGAGGCUAUGCGAAGACUUGCUUCCUGAAACUGGGAUCAGGAGGUCGCUCUAAGCAAGGACUGCAAGGCAAAUUUUACCCACCACGUAAUUCUAUGCAAGUAUUUUCUGCAUUGACUAUUUUCUUCAAACUUGAAACACUCAUUCUUUUCCAUUAGAUUUUUUUAAAUCUUUGAUUUUUCUUUUAACCUCUUAACCACUGAAAGAAAAGCACUAAGAUUGUUUCUAGGCUUUAUUUAUAAAAUGAGUAGCUUACUUCUAAAAUGUGCAAAAUGGUGAAGAAAAAAAAUUUAGCAAUGUCCAGGAUCUGAGGAUAUUAUGCUGCUGUUCUCCACGACAGAUCUGCUGACAAUAUUCAUGUAGGUACACGUGUACCUCUGUGCAGCUGGGGCAAGUGUCACCCCACACAGCCUCUGUGGGCA